AUGCGGAGCAGAUCGCAGAGUCAUAGUGGUACGCCAACGGUGAACGAUGAAGGAAGAUAUUCGGCCACAAGCACUGAAGAAGAAGGUCAUACGUCUGCAUCUUGGAAUAACACCAGGCCGGGUCCACAAAAUGGUGCUCAUGAACCCGGUGACAGUCAGGCCGUGACGUUAAGGAACCGAAGGACGCAACAACGGAAGCCUUACUCACCACCUGUCGUGAUUACUCUGCUUCAGUGGCGUCUCGCCGUCACAACCAUUUGCAUAGUGGCUGCGUCGCCUCGAUUAGGAAAUGCGAUUGCGUAA